ACCCGAAAACAAAACCAAAACCAAAUAAAAAAGUUUAUAAUUUUGGAUACAGGACACAAUGGUGGCCGAAGGUGGCUGACAGGUACACGUGGCAUUCUUACAUUGGUGAGAGUGUUAAAAGAUCAAGAAAAACGAUUAAAAGGACUAUGGAAAAGAAAUAUGGUCUGUGGAGAGAUGGUGGGUAGGGCUGGGUGUGGAUUUACCUGCCCUUAAACUGUUUCCAAUGUUGGUCAGAUUGGUCACAAGUCAAGUCUCUCUCUCUCUCUAUCUAUUUUUCUCUCUCUGUUUUUCUCUGUUUCUAAACCCACACACAUAGAGACUAAAGGUGGGAGGGACAGCCACUGCCUUUGCUUUCUGCUCCAGCCCCCACACACUGAUUGAGAUAUAACACAAACCCCCAUUGUCUCCUCCUCUGCUUCCAAACCCAUAUCCUAUCUCCAUAUUAACCUCUUUUCCCAAGAUCUCCAUUUUCAUAUAUAGAUAUAUUUGUUUUUCUUUUUUUCUCUUUGUUUCUCUGUUAUUGUUUGUCUCUGUUUAGCUUUGUCAUUUUUUAUUUUUCUUUGUUCCUGUUACAGUUAGGUGGGGCUGUUUACCUUCUUUUUGUCAGGAUUCUCUAAUGCCAGUCCACUAUCACUCCUACACAAAUUCUUAAAAAUAAAAAAAAAAAAAAAAAAAAGUUUUAGAAAAACCAAGAAUAAAUCACCCACCAUCUCCAACACAGCCACUACUACUAAUACUACUAAGUAAGAAUAAAAACUGAAAACCCAAAUCUCUUGUUUUGUUUAUCUUUCUUUCUAAGUCAUAGCCAUACCCAACCUUCUUGGACUUUGGCUAGCUCUCUCUCCCUUUUGCCCCAAGUUUAUUUUUUUCUUUUACACAGAUGAAGACAAUCAUGGCUAAGACUCCACAUGACUCUUCUUUCUCUUUCUCUAGGAGAUAUUUCCACUGGAAGAAGAAGCUUGUAGAGGAUGAAGAAGAUGAUGAAGAAGAAAUUUUGAACUUCACCAAUUCAUCUUCACACUUCUGUGAGGAUCAUACUGCGAUAAUCUCUGCACCACUACCACCACCAUCAGUUGCAGCAGCAAAGAAGAAGCUUUCAAAAGGGUCGGUUUCAAAGCUGAAAUCGGCUCUGGCUCUCACAGUGUUUCGCAAAACUACACGAUCAUCACACUUCCAUUCGAACCUCGGUACAAAAGUUGUGGGAACACUAUUUGGAUACAGACGUGGACAUGUUCAUCUUGCAUUUCAAGAAGAUCCCAAGUUGAAUCCUGCUUUUCUUAUCGAAUUGGCAACACCAACGAGUGUUCUGGUUCGAGAAAUGGCAUCUGGGUUGGUCAGGAUAGCAUUGGAAUGCGAGAAGAAAACAGAGAAGAAAGCUCUGAAAUUGCUCCAGGAACCACUUUGGAGGACCUAUUGCAAUGGUAAAAAAUGUGGGUUUGGAAUGAAAAGGGAAUGUGGUACUGAGGAAUUGAAAGUUUUGAAAGCUGUGGAACCGAUUUCAAUGGGUGCUGGUGUUUUACCAGGUGGUCACGGUGGGUGUGAUGGGAAUGGAGGUGGGUCCGAUGGUGAGCUAAUGUAUAUGAGAGCCAGGUUUGAACGAGUUGUGGGGUCCAAGGAUUCAGAGGCAUUUUAUAUGAUGAACCCAGAUGGUUCAGGAGGACCAGAACUCAGUAUUUACUUGCUUAGAGUAUAGUUUUAGUGUACUCCAUUAAAAACAGUAUUUUCUUUUUCUUUUCUUUUUUUUUUUUUUUUUUUUUUAAGCUUAAGCUAAAGUGGUUAGCCCAAAUCCAAAAUUUUCAAUUUCUCUAUGUUUCUGGCUACUGCUACUCUUUUUUCUCACAUUUUGGUGAUAAUGGAGCUAGCUAGGUUUUAUAACCCUUUAUGGCCUCUUUUAUGUCUUGGUUUAAAAACUUUAGGUUAUGGGGGUUGCUAUGGCUUUAUAAAUGGCAUGAACUUAUCAUAGGUUGGUGAUGAGGUACUUUAUGUGUAUGUAUAGCAUGUCUUUCUCAUUAUAUAAAACUUGAGCUUCCAUCAUGAAAUUUUUAGCUGACUCUAUUAAUUUUUGUUGUAAAACGUUUGCCUAUAAAA